AUGGGUUGGGUGGGGUGUUGUUUUGGGGGGGGUUGGUUGUUUUUGGGGGGUGGUGUUGUGGGGUUGUGGGGGUGGGGGGGGGGUUAUGGGUUGAUUGUAGUUGGGGAUUUAUUGGGUGGUGUUUGGGGAUUUUUUGAGGUUUUGGGGGGGGUGUGUUUUGUUGUUUGUGGUGGGGUGGUUGUGGAUGAUGGUGGGGAGGGGGUAGGUAGGGUGAGGUGUGGAGGGGAUUUUGAAGGAUGGGAGAUUGGGGGGGGGUAUGGGGGGGUGGGGGGGUUUGAGGUGUGUAGGGAGGGGGGUUGGUGUAGUUGGUGGGGGAUGGGUAUAUUGUGGGUGUUGUGUUGGGGUGUGUGUUGGUUUUUGUUUUGUUGUGGUUGGGGGAUUGGGGUUGGGUUGGGUGGGGGUGGGUGGGUGUAUAGUUUUUUGGGUGUGGUGUGGUUUGGGUUGUAUUGUUUGGGUGUGUUGGGAGUGUGGGGGGGGUUGGGGGGUUGGUGGGGGUGGGUUGUUUUUUGUUGUAGGGGGGGGGGGGGUGGGUUUAGUGUAUUGUGUUGUGGGUGGGUGUGGGUUGGGGGGGGUGUUGGGGGGGGGGGGUGGGGGGGGGGGGGUUGGGUGGGGUGUUGGUGUGUGGGGGUUGGUUUGGGGGGGGGGGUGGUGGGGGGGUGUUGGGGGGGGGUAGGGUGGUGGGGGGGUGGGGGGGUUGUUGGUUGGUUUUGGGUGGUGUGGGUGGGUGGGGGGGGUGGGGGGUGUGGGGUGUUGUGUGGGGGGGGGGGGGUUGUUGGGGGGGGUGUGGGGUGUGUGGUUUGGUGUUGGUGUGUUGGGGUUUUGUGGUGUGGUUUAGGGGGUGGGUUGUUGUGUUUUGGGUGUGGGUUUGGUUUGGAGUUGGUGGGGGUGUUGUGUGGGGUGUGUUUGGUUGGGUGUGGAGGUUGGUGUGGGGGUGGUGUGGUUGUGGUGUGUGGGGUUGGGUGGGGUGGUUUUGUGUUUAGGGUGGUUGUGGGGUGGGGGGUUGGGGGGGUGUGGGGGGGGGUGUGGGUGGGUGUGGGGGGGGUGUGGGGUGAGUGGGGGGUGGUGGGUUGGAUUGGUGGGAUGGGGGGGGGUGGUGUGGGUUGGGUUUUGGGGGUUGGGGUGUAUAGGUUGGUUGUGGUUUUUGUGUGGUUGUUGUUUGGGGUUUGGGGGGGUGGUUGGGGGGGGGGGGGUGGGGGGGUGGGGGGGGGUGGGUGGGGGGGGUGUGGGGGUGGGGUUGGUGGGGGGGGGUGGGUGUGUUUUGUUGGGGGGUGGGGUUGGGGGGGUGUGUGGUGUGGUGGGGGGUUGGUUGUGUGGUGUUUAGGGUGGGUGGGGUUGGGGGGUUUUGGUGUUUGGUGUUGUGUGUGGUGGGUUGGGGGUGGUGGUUUGGGUGGGUGUGUUGGUGGUGGGGGGGUGGGGGGGUGGGUUGUGGUUGGUUGUUUGGGGGUUGGUUGGGGUGGGGGUUGGGGGGGGGGGGGUGGGGGUGUGGGGGGGUGGUUGGGUUUGGUUUGUGGGGGUGUGGGUUGGGGGUGUGGGGUUGUGGGAGGGUUAGGGGUGGUGGGGGGGGGGUGUUUUAGUUGUGUAAUUGUGUGUUAUGUGUGGUGGUGGGUGGGUUGGGGGGGGGUAUUGGUGGGGUUGGUGGUGUUGGGGGGGGGGGGUUGGUGUGUGUGUGUGGGGGUUUGGGGGUGGGGGGGUGGGGGGGGGGGGGUGGGGGGUGUGGGGGGGGGUGUGUGUGGUGGGGGGGGGUUGGGGGGGUUGGGGGUGUUGGGUUUUGGUGGGUGGGGUGGUGUGGGUGGGGGUGGGUUGUGGGGUGGGGGGGUGGGGGGUUAG